UAAGGUUCAACUGUAUCGCCUUCGAGUGGAGAACGGAUCAGAAAGACUCUCCUGGCGGCGGCACUUCAAAGCUAAAACAUCACUGCCUUUUCCGGCCUCCCAAACAGACGCCUCUUCAAGCGACAGAUUCGCACGCAGCUAGGCGUCUAGGAAAAUUUGCGUCCUGAUUGCUUUGGGGGGUGAUUGUGCCAUGUCCCACCCGGAUAAGUUAUCCACCCUCGGCCAUUGGGGCCGGUCUUUCCAUGCUCUGUGGAGCCUGCGUCAAGAACGGCUAGGCAGAAAAAGUAAGUGCUGGAGCACACGGGCCCCUUGGCUGUCUCGUCUCGCGAUUCUGACCAGCCUGGCAAGCCACGGUGGACUGACGAUCCACAGGAUGCCUGCGUGGAACGCUAGCCGCUUGCUCAGUGGGCUCGCUAGAAUGUCUAUCGAGGAGAGGAACACGAAAGGAAAAGAAAAGAAAGAGGUUGAUCGAUAUCCCUCAUAUUGCUGCGGGGAAGAGACUGCACCUCCAUAUUGCUUCUUUUAUCGACCAUCUGUCUGACCUUUCAUCGGUGUUGAAUGCCCAGACCAUCCCGGUUGUAACCAUCAUAGAAGACAUGCAGACGGUGAGACAUCCACCUACGUACAUCGUCAUGCAAAGAU